AUGACCGAGCUGACCUACAAGCCUGGUAGCCGGGUCUCUGACCUGAGCGUUUUUGAGCAUGUCCAGAGCCAGACCCAGGCACUGAGCGCUUUCCAGGUAUACACAGGAAAAUGUGGACGCCACCAUUCACCUGCAUUACAAGUAUCACUUGUACGAGGCUUUGAAGAGAUGGUACAGCAUAAUCUGUAUGGAUUUAUAAAUACAUGCCUGAAGUCUUUGGUGGUUGAAAAGUAUGGUGAAGAAACAUGGGAAAAAUUAAGACUGCAGGCUGGCGUCCAGGAUUCUUUCUUGACUUUUGAGGUUUACAAAGAUGAGAUCACAAUGCAGCUCGUCGACAAAGCCUGCAAAAUAUUAGGUGUUCCUGCUGACAUGGUUCUGAGAGAGUUUGGAGAAUAUUUCUUUGAAUUCUGUAAACGCUCAGGCUAUGACCACAUGCUGAGGACACUGGGUGGAAAUCUCUAUGAGUUCAUAGAGAACCUGGAUGCAUUGCACAGCUACCUGUCCCUUUCUUACCAGGAGAUGAAUGCACCAUCUUUUAGAGUAGAAAAGAAUGAAGACGGGUCAAUGCAUUUACAUUACUAUUCAGACAGAAGAGGUCUGUGCCAUAUUGUGCCAGGGAUCAUCAGUGCAGCAGCCCUGGAUUUUUUUAACAUUGAGAUUUCAAUGGAAAUAGUCAAUCAAACAGAAGAAGAAGAAGAAGAAGAAAGAACUGGGAAAAAAGAACAUGUUGUUUUUCUUGUCACUCAAAACCCUGUAUUUUCAUACAAGGAAAGAAAUGAAUUUUCUUCCUCACCUCAAUAUUUUGCUGAGUCUGAAAAACAAAUUGAGAACCAACUGAAUAAAGAGGACCUUGCAAAAGCCAAGAAUACAAUUAGAAACAGAGGAAGCUCUGUUUGUCCUGUCAAGAAAAGUCACUGGAAAACAAUAAGAGGAAUAAUCACAUUAGGAAAAGGUAAGCUCCUGAGAGGAUUUGAUCCUGUUUAUCCCCAGAGCCUCUGGAUUGACACAAAAACAUUUUGCAAUGGACUGCCUUUUCAUAUGGUUUUUGACAAAGAGCUCAGAGUGAAGCAAGCUGGGGUGAGCAUUCAAAAGAUUGUGCCUGGCCUUCAGACUAUGGGCAUCUGCUUGGAUCACUAUUUCAGUAUCGUUCACCCAGAAGUACCCUUCACCAUCUCUAGCAUUCAGAAAUUCAUCAACAGCCAAUUUGUUUUCCAGACUAGAAGAGAGAUGAUGCCAGAGUCAUGGAAACAACGGCCAAUGCUAGAGCUGAGAGGCCAGAUGAUCUGGAUGGAGUCCCUGCAGUGCAUGCUCUAUCUCUGCUCACCUUUGCUUCGCACUUUGCAUGAACUGGAGGAGCGACAGAUGCAUAUUGCAGACAUUGCGCCUCAUGACGUGACCAGGGAUUUGAUUCUUCUCAAUCAGCAGCGACUGGCAGAGAUGGAGCUCUCUAACCAGCUGGAGAGGAAGAAGGAAGAACUGCGGAUACUGUCGAAGCACCUGGAGGAAGAGAAGAAAAAGACUGAAGCUCUGCUCUACGCCAUGCUUCCUCAGCAUGUGGCCAACCAGCUGAAAGAGGGGAAGCGAGUUGAGGCAGGAGAGUUCAAGGAGUGCACUAUAUUGUUCAGCGAUGUUGUGACCUUUACCAACAUUUGUGCCCAAUGUGAGCCUAUUCAGAUAGUUCUCAUGUUAAAUUCAAUGUACCUGCAAUUUGACAGACUGACCACGGUGCAUAAUGUGUACAAGGUGGAGACAAUUGGAGAUGCCUAUAUGGUAGUAGGUGGGGUCCCUGUGCCUGUACCCACUCAUGCUGAGCGAGUUGCUAACUUUGCCUUGGGGAUGAUAAUAGCAGCUAAAGGAGUACAGAACCCAGUUUCUGGAAAUCCUAUCCAAAUUCGAGUUGGGAUCCAUACAGGUCCUGUCUUGGCUGGAGUUGUUGGAGAAAAGAUGCCUCGUUAUUGCUUGUUUGGAGACACGGUGAAUAUAGCUUCCCGGAUGGAGAGUCAUGGUGUCCCGAGUAAAAUUCAUCUAAGCUCCAGUGCCUAUCAAUGCCUAAAAUACAAGAAUUUUGAGAUGACUGAAAGAGGAGAAAUAGAAGUAAAAGGCAAAGGGAAAAUGCACACAUACUUCCUCAUUAGAAAUAAAACUGCAGCUGAGAAUGAGAUUAUGGGAAGGCCAAUGAAAGACUUAGAUUCUGGCCAUGAAUCUGUUCAGUCCUUUCAAGAAGGUGGGACUGAAACAAUACCAAGUUGUCAUCAGCCAGUUACUCAGACUCAGCCAGAGAAGGACCAGACCCCAGCCAUUGCAAUGAAGUAUAUUGAUGGCCCCACAGAGGCACAAAACAGCCUCAAAAGAAAUCAAGCAAGAAUUGCAGAUUUAACAGGCAAAACUUAUGAUUCCAAAAGCGAUGGGAGUCUCCAUGGUGACCAGCACACAGAUGAUGGUCCUUGUCCUCUAAACCGGGGAAGAGUCAAACCUGCUACUGAAGAGCCGCGGAUUAGAAACGUUCGCUCUAAUUUUUGCACUUUACUCUAA